AUGGAAGAGCAUACCAACGAGACCAUGGUCCAAAGAGAAUCGUCGACGUCCGAGUCGCCAUAUGCACCCCAGCCUGAGACCGAGGCAUCCCUGGUCCUGAAGGCGACGGCCAAUAGUUAUCCUUUUCUGGUCCACUCGACGGAUACUCUGGCCAACAAUCGCCCUCCCAAUGUAGACAACAAGCCUUUGGCCCGACAGAAGCGAAGAAGGACAAGUCCCGACGACCAGAAGAUCCUCGAGGAAGCCUAUGCAAAGAACUCGAAGCCCGACAAGGCCACUCGUAUGGAUAUCGUGAGCCGCGUUGCUUUGGGUGAGAAGGAAGUCCAGAUUUGGUUCCAGAAUCGUCGCCAGAGCUCGCGUAGAAAGUCCAAGCCUCUGGACCCUCGCGAAAUGCCCAACUUCAACUCGUUAUACUCGUCUCCGCUCGACACCCAAACGGCAGAUCACCACGAAGACACGUCUAUAAGCCAGGAUAACGCGGCACACGUUACCGAGUCGGCCUCAAUAUCUCAAGACAAGGCUGCUCCGUCUGCCCCCCCGAAUGUCUCGGCUUCCUUCGUCGAGGUACCCAGUUCACAACCGGAACCGGCCUCCCAGGACUCGGCAUCAAAGCCUGGCUACUUGUCUAACAGACGCAACAAUGCCUCAUUCACCGCCAUCGACUCGCAGGAAGCACAACCAGACAGCCAGGAGCCACCGGCCAAACGUCUCAGAAAGUCCGACUCGAGGAUCCGCCUGUCCAUGACGGCAGAUGGUGUUGCUCGUGUCAUGGAGGGAGACGACCUCACAUCGUCACCUCCUCGCAAGCUUCCUCCCCCUGUAUCCACAACCUUCGACGAGCCUGCCAGCCAGUCGAAUGAUCUAUAUCGUACCAACAGCCAGGUCAGUCUGUGUGAUACACCAGGCAGCCAAGAAGGUGGUACCAGUCUCCGCCGGAAACCGAGUGGACGCUCUCGUGAUUCACGCGUAUGGUCAUUUUUUGCCGAUCGUGGUGCUCGCAGCGAAUUGGAGGAUCGCGCCAACCAGGAGGCUAGCGGUGACGCAGCGGAAGCCAUCUCUCUCCUACGCCAACAAGAGAAGGACCGCGCAUACCAACACCCUCUGACACGCGUGCCUUCUCUGAAGCGUCUCAACCCACAAACAAUCUCUAAUGAGGAUCGUACUGUGAAACGUCUACGACAGAGCCAGUCCUUCACCGUACCUUCCCCUUCAUCUGCUCCUUCCGCCGUAGCCGCAACUCCAUUCCGCCAGCCCCUCAUGCAACGCUCAUCCUCAGCACGUAACCUGCAAUCCACCAACCGAAGGACCGUGCACCACGAUAUCCUAGCAAAGACUCCCAAGCUCAAACAAACACCAACCUUUGAAAUCUCAGCGACCGACUCAGAUAAGGAGAAUUGGAGUCCUGGCGAUCGCCCUUCAGCUUUCAUGGAUCGCCACUUUUUGGCUCAGAUGGCGACUUCGCCAGCCGUUAUGCCAUCGACUGUCAAGCGCCCCCGUGCACUUGCAGGCUUUCACGACACACCUGCACCUCGCAGUCGUGGUAAGCACAAUAGCAGAGCUCAGGUUGAACCUUUGGACGACGAUGAUGAUGAGGACGUCAUGCAAUUCAUGAAUCAACCCAGCAGUGUUGCUAGAAAAGACAAGGCGCAUCGUGCUCUUGAGAGAGACGAACGUCAGAGUUCUGAAGAGGAGGAUUUGAACUGUGUUGAGGGUUUGCUCAAGUUGAGCCAGGGCAACUGGGGAAACAGAUGA